UUGUUGCAGAAGUGAAAGUGCCUCACCUCUUGACUCCUGGACUGAACUUUAUGGAGUGUACUGGAUACUAUCUGACAAUAUAUAUAUUUGUCAGACAUUGGAGGAGUACAAUGCCCACCCUCAUCCUGCUUAUUCUGGGAGUGUCAGGGGUGUAUUGUGACAGUCACUCUAUGCGGUAUUCUAUCACUGGAGUCUCCUCUCCAGGAUCCGGACUCCCUGUGUACUCUGUGGUUGGAUAUGUGGAUGAUAAGGAGAUGACAAGUUAUAACAGUGACACCCGUGAGUAUUUUCCCAAGACUGAGUGGAUCAAGAAACUGGGAUCUGAUUACUGGGAGGAGGAGACACAAAAAGAUCGAUAUGCUGAACCUAUUUUCAAGCACAAUGUCCAGACAGCAAUGAGACGAUUCAACCAGACUGGAGGGAUCCAUAUUCUCCAGAGGAUGUAUGGCUGUGAGCUGAGAGAGGACGGCACCACUGAGGGGUAUCAGCAGUACGGAUAUGAUGGGAGAGAAUUCAUGUAUCUGGACACACAGAGAUGGAUCUGGAUCCCGACCAUGAAUGAGGCUCAGAUCACCACACAGAGAUGGAACAGUCCGGACAUCAGACUGGGAGAGAAGGACCAGAAUUACCUGGAGAUUGACUGUAUUGCAUUUCUAAAAAAAUUAAUUGACCAUGGGAGAGAAGAUCUGGAGAAAAGAG